AUGACUAGUCUUGGUGGCAACAGAUUGAUCACCUUGGAUCCCGAAGAACUCAAAUUUGAAUUUGAGCUUGAUAAACCAAUGUAUAGUGAUAUGAGAGUUUCAAACAUCACAGACAAGCAUGUUGCCUUUAAGGUGAAAACCACAUCUCCCAAGAAAUAUUUUGUAAGACCAAAUACAGGUGUUAUACAGCCUUGGGAAGCAAGUAUGAUAAGAGUUACCCUUCAAGCUCAACAUGAGUACCCUCCAGACAUGCAAUGCAAGGAUAAAUUUCUUGUACAAAGCACCGCUGUGGCUCCACAUACUGAUGUUGAUCAGAAUACUUUCAGUAAGGAACCCGGUAAAACAAUAGAGGAGUACAAGCUCAAGGUUACCUAUGUCCUUCCUACACCCGCUCAUCAGGGACCUUCAGAUGACCACAACGUCAAACAGAAUUUUGAUGCCACCUCAAAUCAGGCUAUUCAGGAUGCAAGAGCCUCAAGGGACGCAGCUAGAAAAGAAGCAGACAAGCUGAAACAGGAACUGGAGAUGUUGAAGAGAAAGAGUAGUACAAGUGAUGCAGGAUUCUCAAUGAAAGUGGCCAUAGUCGCCGGAGUUAUCGGGAUAAUGGUUGGUUUUCUAUUAAACUUGGUCAUGUCUUCACCACAUGAAACUCCUCUACCACCACCACCAGCAGCUCCAACAUCAAUGCCAACAACACAAGAAUGA